ACGUACACUAUGUUGUGAUAUACAAUAAAACGCCUGUCUCUUUAAGACUAAGCGUCGAUGUGUUGAGAAGUUCAAGUUGGGGUCACUGUAAGUUCUUGCCCUCGAUUUUACCUUUUAGUUUUACUGUAGACUGACAUCAGCCGAGGCGCUAAAACACUCGCGCAGCCCAAAAGCCCAUGAUCAUCUCCAGCCGCGUUAUUACGUCCAUGCAGAAAUAGUCAAGGAUAUUACAAAACAUACAAAAAACGAGGAAAACGUAUGCAGGAGUACACGCGUAUUUUUAUUGGAGGAGUGAGCGAGUGAGUAAGCGAGAGAGAUAGAGGGAGGAGAGAGAGAGCGAGAGCAAGAGGGAGGGUGAGCAACACGAAAUUCAUUGCAAUUAAUAAUAAAAAAGAGUUGGCAGUCGUGCUCGGAAAACUGGCAUGGUUUUUGGGAGGCUGGCAGUUCAAAGUUGAAACGUCAGAAAUGACUCCAAAAGACUGUUGAGAUGAUCAUUGAGGGAGACUUAGAUCGGAUGGCAGAAGAGAUCGGGCAUCCAGGUAUUGGUCUGAAGUCGAUGCUGGAUGCCAUGGAAGUCCAAAGUCAUACUAAGCACCUCCUCUUGCAGUUGAACACACAACGGACCAAAGGCUUCUUGUGUGAUGUUAUCAUCGUGGUGCAGAAUGCAUUGUUCCGUGCUCACAAGAACAUCCUGGCAGCCAGUAGCCUCUACCUUAAGUCUCUUGUUGUUCAUGACAACCUCAUUAAUCUGGACCAUGAAAUGGUCAGUCCAGGUGUGUUUAGAGUCAUUCUUGACUAUAUCUACACAGGACGCUUAAGUGAAGGUGACCCCACCUCUCCAACUGAGCCAAAUAUAGGAGCAGUGCUGGCGGCUGCAAGUUAUCUGCAGCUGCUGGAUCUGGUGACUCUAUGCAAGAAGAAGCUGAAAAGAAAUGGGAAGUACCAUUUACGUCCCAACCCUGGGUUUUUUCCUUACAAGAUAAACUCCAGUGGCAUGGGAGGAGGAAGGAUUCGAAUAUCUACCCCUGUCAUCCAUUCCUGCUACCCUGGAGGAGUAGUUAGCACCCCUCGACCUACACCAUUAGAGGACCUGGCCCCCCUCUCACUGGCCCCUCAUGCUGGAGAACUUUAUGCACCAGCUCCCACCCAGGGCCCGCCACCUUACCCCCCAGCUAAGACAUCCCUGUCGCCUCAGUCAGGCCUGCACCCGAAUGAAAGGAGCUGCUCAUCCGUCUAUGGCCUUGACCUGUCCAAGAAAAGUCCAAGUUCCCAGUCCCAGCUUCCUUCUGGUCAAGCCCAGUCAAUCCACCCAGAAGAGGAGGCAGAGGGGGAGCUAGAUCAAAGAACUAGCCCCCUGCUUAAUCACAACGAUGGCACCAGAAAAAUGGAGACAGCUCAAAAUUUGGGGUCUCUCACCCCACACCCUUUCCCUCUACCCAACCAUCCUCUUGCACCCCAUCCUCCCCACCUUCACCAUUCUCAGGGCCAAGAAAUGUACCCUUGCCCUCCCAGCCCAGAACCCAUGGAGGACUCCAGAGAACAAGGCCGAGAUGGAUCCAACAUCUAUCGCUGGGUGAAGAAUGAACCUUCAAACCCAGAGGAUGAAGAUGAAGAAGACGAAGAGGAUGAGAGUGGAGGAAACGGUGAGCAGGAUAAAGAGAGACACCAGAACAUGAAUCACCAAAAGAACAGGGAGGAAAAGCUGAACAUGAAUGAGCGGGGCUAUGACAGAGGGACCUGCGAUGAUGGAGAGGAUGAGAAUGGGACUGGAAGCGAAGAGACAGGGAGCAGUGAGGGUCGUCCAUCUCCCCCUGCUCCUGGUGGAAGAUAUCAUAUGCCAUACGAGCCAGAAAGUUUCGGAGAUAACUUGUAUGUGUGCAUCCCCUGUGACAAAGGCUUUCCCAGCUCAGAGCAGCUCAAUGCACAUGUGGAAACUCAUACAGAGGAGGAGCUUAACAAUGGAAGUGAGCUGGACAACAACAGCAACACCAAACUUACCAAUGCCCAUGGACCUAGAAGCUUGAAUAGCUCUAGUGGCCUUCACAGUCCUUUCCUAGAUAGCAAGACGCAAAACCUCCAUUCCAUUGGCUUUGGGGAGAUAAUAAGACCAUAUCGCUGUUCAUCCUGUGACAAGUCUUACAAAGAUCCUGCCACCCUGAGGCAACAUGAGAAAACCCACUGGCUUACACGCCCAUACCCCUGUAGCAUCUGUGGCAAGAAGUUCACCCAACGUGGUACCAUGACACGCCACAUGCGGAGCCAUUUGGGCCUAAAACCUUUUGCCUGUGAUGCCUGCGGCAUGCGCUUUACACGACAGUACCGUCUGACAGAACACAUGCGCAUCCACUCUGGAGAGAAGCCUUAUGAGUGCCAGGUGUGCGGUGGCAAAUUUGCUCAGCAACGCAACCUCAUCAGUCACAUGAAGAUGCACAACAGUGGAACAGGUGGCGGAGGAGUAACUCCUGAUGGCAAUCUUAAGAUAGACUUCUCUGAGGGGAUUUAUCCCCUGAGCAAGUACACAGCUGAGCAUCUGGGUCUGAAGCAGGAGAAAACCUCAGACCUUCUUACAGCCUCUCAGCACCUGCUGGUUGACGCUAAAGUCAUGGAGAGCCUCUACCCACUGUCAAAGCUGGCUGUGGAACACCUCGGCUUUAGCCACAACAAGAUGGACGUCCUGAACCAGCCACUGCCACCCACUUCCCAGCAGCUCUCGGCAGAGUCCCGCACCAUUGACUGCUACUCUCCCAGCUAGAGGGGGGAACCACUAACUAUACUUUCCAAAGAGACAUCACUGUAUACCAUUCACAGUAUUCAACUCUCACCUCAUCUUCAUUUGAACCUGCACCUCAAAGAGUGGAGGCCAGAAAGUGUUGGCCAUAAAAAUGCACACAAACGGUUUAAUUCUGAACGUGCCUUUCUUUGCAGAUUUUGCAGUAUGUGCAUUUCUUAUAAUUACUUUCCUACAAGGAGGAAACUGCUUUAUUUAUAAUCUGUUUUGACCGUUGGACACUCAGAAAAUGCAGUAUUUAUAUAAAAACAACUUAUUUUUUGUUCAAUCACCGAGCCAAACAACCAGUUGAAAACCAAAAAGAGAUUGUUUUUAUUUAUUUUUCUUUACAUUAAUUUUUUUUUAUAUUGUUGGAAAAGCCAAAGAGAAAAUGUCAAAUGUUACAGAAGAUCGUUGCAAUCGUACCCUAAACCUGUGUUAUAAGUAUUAUUGGUGUAUAUAGAAUGAAAAAGCACAUAUGAACAAUAAUCAGGGCUUCUGUCCAGAAUGGAAAGGGAAAUCUGGAUGAAAGAAAAAGCCAAAUCUUUGGGAUUUUAUUAUAAUUGGAGGACUUUUUAUAGACUAUUUUUUGGAGUACUGGAUCACCUGUAUCUGAUUUUCCAACUUUGUGAAUGGCCCAGUUUUUUUCCAUACUAAAGGGAGGAACUAACUGAAGAGUGUGUUUGUUCCAGGACUUAGGUAAAGUGAUCUAAGCUUUUCUCUGCAUUGAUGUAGUUAUUCCCUUUAGUACCAUUUAUAUUUUUUUUUUACCUUCAGGUGUAUGGUCUCCAGCUAUUUAGUGUCUUUGUUCCCUUUCCUGUCCUCCAAUGCCAAGUGCCUUUAGCUUAUUGAAAAAGUAGCAAGUACUGCCCUGUGAUCUCACAACUGGAAUAUCUUUGUGCAUAUUCCGAUCAUGUCCAUGUGUUACGGUCCAUCUGGUGCAACAGAAUAGGAAUGGGUGGUGCCUUUGAAAAUGCAGUAAUAUUUACAGCAGAGUCUAUAUGCUUCAACUGCAUCGCAGUCAACCCCUUUGAACGGUUCUCCGCAUAAAUAGUUGUAUAAUAGUUCCAGUGAAGGCACUUUUUAUUGCAUAUGAACCAAACAGUGACAUUGUCACAACAAGUGAUUGUUUCGGCAACACCUUCAAGAUCUUUGCUCAUGUGAAAUGUUUGAGAGAGCCUCAUCAACCCUAUUAGAGUGCAGUUCAUUUCAGGCUAAUAUGACAGCUUUAACCCCACGGUGCCUCACACACACUUACAGCCGCUAAUGUGACAACCAUCUGAACAUGAGGAGCAGGGCUCUCUCUCUCUGAUACUGUGAGCACAGAUAGCAGCAGCUGGUCCACUCAGGGCAAGCCCUGUGAAAUCUCCAAUUUGAGAAGACUAUCCACACUUGUCUGUCCCACUGAUGUUAGAUUUUAUGCCAGUUGACCAGGCCCUGUGAUCUGAAAGUACACCCUAAUCCCCCAGCUACCCCUCUAAUGUACCAUAAGCUGCACUUACAACAAUCAAUCCUUCAAGUAACAUAAAACACAGUUGCCUGUUAGGGUGGCGUUGCCUCUAAAUAAAUUGUUUUACAGUAAAUGUAAAUGUUCUGAUGAGAUACGGCAGCCCACUGUUUUUAUUCCAAAGACCAUGCUGACAUUUUGUCUCUUUCUCUGCCAGACCUUGUGAAACAGUUAACCACUAGUUAAUUGCAACCUCAGUUGGUGAAUGUGAAAACUUAAACCGUGAAUGCACUGUGAAAGAACAAGUGAAUCUCAAAGCUGAACAUGUAAUUUGGGACAGCUUUCCUGGGCUUUACUCUGUCACAUUUUAACUAUUCAAAGUGUUUAUUUUCUGUUUUCUUUUGUAUUUUUUGGUCAAACUGAACUCUCUUAAUCAAAGCAAAAAGACAUUGGUGCUUACCUCAGGACAAAGCCAAUCAUAAUGUGGGUUACACAAUGCUUUAAUAAUAGUUUAAUACAAAAUCACAAAAAUUAUCUCUCUGUAUCAUACAUUAAAAUUCAAGCACACUUUCUGAAGGCAUCGUAUUGUUUUUAAAACUGUGGUUAUUUCAGAAUGUUAAAAAUGCAUUUUUUUCCCUGAAAUGAGUAUUUGAUUGUUUUUAUUUUUGUUGUGUGUUCUUAGCCUAUGCAACUGUAUGCUAUUUUUACAUUACAGAAAAUACUGUAGUUACACAAUGAAAUGGGAAAUGACUUUAUUAUCAUGAAAGGCAAAUUUGUAAAUUAAAAAUUAUUUCUUGAUAAAAAAAUCAGCAUGUUUUCUCAGUACACUUGAAGGUACUUGAAGUUUUACAGCAUAGUUUGAAACUCACGCAUGAACUAAAAGAAAUGCCAGACAGCAAGUCCGAUUACUGUUAACUUUAUGCUGUAUAAAAAAUGUUGUGUGUUUAUCAAUAAUUUGCCGCAAUGAUAAACACUUGGCCGAGUUGGUAAGGAGGAAAGCAUAGUUUCUGAAGUUGAUUGACCCAUUUGUUCUGGGCCGGCCAGCAGAAACUUUAGCUGACCUAUUUGCCGGGAGGCAGGAUAAGACUCCCAGUGAGGUUUUGUAUACAAGUACUAUUAAACCACACGCAUGAGACCAGUUUGUUUGGGGCGAGACAGAUGCUGAAAUUUCCCAACACUCUUAAGUGGACAGCCGAGAUCCAGAAAUUCCUCUCAACUUAAUUUUGCAAAACACAUGAAAACAGUCUGGGCACAGCGGUUUGUUUGUAUUCAAAUGAAACCCAGAGCGUAAACGGAAUACAAAUCUUCUGACUCGAGGCAUAGAACAAUAUUACAACUAUCAUAACAAUUAAAAAUCUGACCGCAGACAUAUUAAUAUGGUGUGACAGCCUGUUUGAAGUGGAUUUCAGUGGUGGGAAAAUAAAUCUCACACUCCCCUUCUCCAUCAUUCAUUAGCUCGCUCUCAUUGAAAAUCUAUCGCUCUCUCUUUCCUGCUAUCCCACUUUGGUUCCAAAAGCAUAGAGAAAAUUAAAUGAAAUAUUAAGUGGCUCUGCAUUCUGACGGCUCUCGUAACAUAGAGGUGUGUGAGUAAGGGGCCAGGUGAGAUGUUUGCUUGUGUUUUUGUAUGUUUCAGCUGAAACACAGUGGCUCUGUUAAUGGAGCAGUUACUAAGGAGUAAAGUUGAGCCGGGGAAGUGAACUUUUGACUCUGUAGUAGCAGUGAGCAGGAUGUUUAGUGUGGUUCUGCUCAAAAGCAGAUAGGCAGAUGAUGAGAGAGGGACAGAGAAAGCUACUGAGGGUGAGAGAGAACAGAGCAGGUUUGUCGGGUGGACUGCAGCCAUUAUGGAAAAGUAGACUGGAAACCUCCAUCAAUGAUUUUUGCUCCUCAAAGAUGUUUCUUAAAGGAAUAUUCUGGGUUAAAAAAAAGUUUUUGACUUGUCAAUACUUUUCUUUCAAAUACAAAGCAAAAAAAAAAAAAAGAAAGAAAAGUAAAUGGGGCAAAUCUGUACAUUUUUAAAUUACUCACUGUUUCCAAAGUAAAGCCACAAGAUUUAAACAAUAUGCAUGUUAAAAUUAUUUUAAAAUGAAAUCUGAAAUUUGAAAAAUCAAUUACUAAACGUAUCUGUAUUAAGCUAUGUUUGAACUUUGUGGUUAUUUUACAACUUUGUGUUGCUUAACAAAAUGAUUUCAGCUUCACAACUCAAAUAGUACACAAGUUUUACCACACAAUGUUCACUGUGAAAAUGUUUUUUUCUUUGUAAAUAAAAAUAUUGGAGUAUGUUUUACAA